UUUAGUUUUGUGCGUGGCACUGUCUGCUUCUCCUGACGCACCAAUUUGGUGCAUAUUUUUUGCAGAGAUAGUUGUGAGAUCACAGGCUGGGAGGAUGACAGCUAGAGUGUAUUUCUCGUUGAUUGUGGUUUCAUCCUGUCUGUUUGGAUACUUGAGUAAAACUCAUGCCAUUCAAAGUCAAACCACUGUGGAUGGUUUAUGUCCUGCGAGGCUGACUGUUGUGCCGUCCCAUCGAGGAUGUUCUUCUGAUCAAGAUUGCCCUGGAGGACACAAAUGCUGUCAAUUUGACAGUGGGCCUGUUUGUGUGCUGCCUGUUUUCAUGAAACCGGGUCAGUGUCCCAUACCAGAGAUGAUUCCCUUCUGUGCUGAAAGCUGUGUCCAUGAUGGCCAGUGUCCUGCCUCACAGAAGUGUUGCCCAACCACCGGUGGCUUUGCAUGCAGUGAACCAUGUAGUCAGGGACGAGGACCGGCAAGUUGCCAGGGAAGAGUUAUUGGUCAGGGAAGUAGUAUAGGACGCGUUAUUGUCCAGAGAAGCAGCCAGAGCCAGGAAAGCAAUAUUGGGCAGGGAAGUGGUCUUGGCCAGGGAGGCGGUCUGGGAAGUGGUCUUGGCCAGGGAGGCGGUCUUGGCCAGGGAGGGGGUCUGGGAAGUGGUCUUGGACAGGGAGGCGGUCUUGGCCAGGGAGGCGGUCUGGGAGGCGGUCUGGGAAGCGGACUUGGCCAGGGAGGCGGUCUGGGAAGCGGUCUUGGACAGGGAGGCGGUCUGGGAAGCGGACUUGGCCAGGGAGGCGGUCUGGGAAGCGGUCUUGGACAGGGAGGCGGACUUGGCCAGGGAGGCGGUAUGGGAAGCGGACUUGGCCAGGGAGGCGGUAUGGGAAGCGGACUUGGCCAGGGAGGCGGUCUGGGAAGCGGUCUUGGACAGGCAGGCGGUCUGGGAAGAGGACUUGGACAGGGAGGCGGUCUGGGAAGCGGUCUUGGACAGGGAGGCGGUCUUGGACAGGGAGGUGGUCUGGGAAGCGGUCUUGGACAGGGAGGCGGUCUUGGACAGGGAGGCGGUCUUGGACAGGGAGGCGGUCUUGGACAGGGAGGCGGUCUUGGACAGGGAGGCGGUCUGGGAAGCGGUCUUGGACAGGGAGGCGGUCUGGGAAGCGGUCUUGGACAGGGAGGCGGUCUUGGCCAGGGAGGCGGUCUGGGAAGCGGUCUUGGACAAGGAGGCGGUCUUGGACAGGGAGGCGGUCUUGGACAGGGAGGCGGUCUUGGACAGGGAGGCGGUCUUGGACAGGCAGGCGGCCUGGGAAGCGGACUUGGACAGGGAGGCGGUCUGGGAAGCGGUCUUGGACAGGGAGGCGGUCUUGGACAGGGAGGCGGUCUGGGAAGCGGUCUUGGACAGGGAGGCGGUCUUGGACAGGGAGGCGGUCUGGGAGGCGGUCUUGGACAGGGAGGCGGUCUUGGACAGGGAGGCGGUCUUGGACAGGGAGGCGGUCUGGGAAGCGGUCUUGGACAGGGAGGCGGUCUUGGACAGGGAGGCGGUCUGGGAAGCGGUCUUGGACAGGGAGGCGGUCUUGGACAGGGAGGCGGUCUUGGACAGGGAGGCGGACUUGGACAGGGAGGCGGUCUGGGAAGCGGACUUGGACAGGGAGGCGGUCUUGGACAGGGAGGCGGUCUUGGCCAGGGAGGCGGUCUGGGAAGCGGACUUGGCCAGGGAGGCGGUCUGGGAAGCGGACUUGGCCAGGGAGGCGGUCUGGGAAGCGGACUUGGCCAGGGAGGCGGUCUGGGAAGCGGACUUGGACAGGGAGGCGGUCUGGGAAGCGGACUUGGACAGGGAGGCGGUCUGGGAAGCAGUCUUGGACAGGGAGGCGGUCUUGGCCAGGGAGGCGGUAUGGGAAGCGGACUUGGCCAGGGAGGCGGUCUGGGAAGCGGUCUUGGACAGGGAGGCGGUCUUGGACAGGGAGGCGGACUGGGAAGCGGACUUGGCCAGGGAGGCGGUCUUGGACAGGGAGGUGGUCUGGGAAGCGGUCUUGGCCAGGGAGGCGGUCUUGGCCAGGGAGGCGGUAUGGGAAGUGGUCUUGGCCAGGGAGGCGGUCUUGGACAGGGAGGCGGACUUGGCCAGGGAGGCGGUCUGGGAAGCGGACUUGGCCAGGGAGGCGGUCUGGGAAGCGGUCUUGGACAGGGAGGCGGUCUUGGCCAGGGAGGCGGUCUGGGAAGCGGUCUUGGACAGGGAGGCGGUCUUGGACAGGGAGGCGGUCUUGGACAGGGAGGCGGUCUUGGACAGGGAGGCGGUCUUGGACAGGGAGGCGGUCUUGGACAGGGAGGCGGUCUUGGACAGGGAGGCGGUCUGGGAAGCGGACUUGGACAGGGAGGCGGUCUGGGAAGCGGACUUGGACAGGGAGGCGGUCUUGGACAGGGAGGCGGUCUUGGCCAGGGAGGCGGUCUGGGAAGCGGACUUGGCCAGGGAGGCGGUCUGGGAAGCGGACUUGGCCAGGGAGGCGGUCUGGGAAGCGGACUUGGCCAGGGAGGCGGUCUGGGAAGCGGACUUGGACAGGGAGGCGGUCUGGGAAGCGGACUUGGACAGGGAGGCGGUCUGGGAAGCAGUCUUGGACAGGGAGGCGGUCUUGGCCAGGGAGGCGGUAUGGGAAGCGGACUUGGCCAGGGAGGCGGUCUGGGAAGCGGUCUUGGACAGGGAGGCGGUCUUGGACAGGGAGGCGGACUGGGAAGCGGACUUGGCCAGGGAGGCGGUCUUGGACAGGGAGGUGGUCUGGGAGGCGGUCUUGGCCAGGGAGGCGGUCUUGGCCAGGGAGGCGGUCUUGGCCAGGGAGGCGGUCUUGGCCAGGGAGGCGGUCUGGGAGGCGGUCUUGGCCAGGGAGGCGGUCUGGGAAGCGGUCUUGGCCAGGGAGGUGGUCUUGGCCAGGGAGGCGGUCUUGGCCAGGGAGGUGGUAUGGGAAGCGGUCUUGCCCAGGGAGGAGAUAUGGGAAGCGGUCUUGGCCAGGGAGGCGGUCUUGGCCAGGGAGGCGGUCUUGGCCAGGGAGGCGGUCUUGGCCAGGGAGGCGGUCUUGGCCAGGGAGGAGGUAUGGGAAGCGGUCUUGGCCAGGGAGGCGGUCUUGGCCAGGGAGGCGGUCUUGGCCAGGGAGGCGGUAUGGGAAGCGGACUUGGCCAGGGAGGCGGUCUUGGCCAGGGAGGCGGUAUGGGAAGCGGACUUGGCCAGGGAGGCGGUCUUGGACAGGGAGGCGGUAUGGGAAGCGGUCUUGGCCAGGGAGGCGGUCUUGGACAGGGAGGCGGUCUUGGCCAGGGAGGCGGUAUGGGAAGUGGUCUUGGCCAGGGAGGCGGUCUUGGACAGGGAGGCGGACUUGGCCAGGGAGGCGGUCUGGGAAGCGGACUUGGCCAGGGAGGCGGUCUGGGAAGCGGUCUUGGCCAGGGAGGUGGUAUGGGAAGCGGACUUGGUCUGGGCGGCGGUCUUGGUUUUGGCCAGGGAGGCGGUCUGGGCCAGGGAGGCGGUCUGGGCCAGGGAGGCGGUCUGGGAAGCGGUCUUGGCCAGGGAGGCGGUCUGGGAAGCGGACUUGGUCUGGGCGGCGGUCUUGGUUUUGGUCAGGGAAGUGGUCUUGGAAAGGGAGGCGGUAUGGGAAGCGGUCUUGGCCAGGGAGGCAGUCUUGGUUUUGGUCAGGGAAGUGGUUUUGGACAGGGAAGCGGCCAGGGAAGGGUUGUUGGUCAGGGAAGCAGCCAGGGCCAGGGAAGCGGUAUGGAAAGUGGCAUGGUUAGCGUUGUGGGCCAGGGAAGUGGCAAGGACCAGAGAACUGGCCAGGGCCAGGCAAGCAUUGUUGGCCAGGGAAAUGCUUCGGGACGCAGCCAGGCCCAAGGAAGCAAAAUGGGAAGCGGCCAGGGACAAGGAAGCGGUAUGGGAAGUGGCCAGGGCCGGGCAAGCGUUUUUGGCCAGGGAAAUAUUGUGGGAAGCAGUCUUGGCCAGGGAAGUGGUAUGGGAAGUGGUGUUGGCCAGGGAAGCAUUAUGGGAAGUGGCCAGGGAAGCGGACAGGGCCAGGCAAGCAUUGCUGGCCAGGGAAAUACUGUGGAAAGCAGUCUUGGCCAAGGAAGCAGCAUGGGCCAGGCAAGCAGUCUUGGCCAAGGAAGUAACCAGGUCCUGGCAAGUGUUGUUGGCCAGGGAAGCGGCCGGGGCCAAGGCCAGGGAAAUACUGUGGCAAGCGGCCAGGGAAGCGGAGUGGGAGGCGGUAUGGGAGGCGGUCUUGGUUUUGGUCAGGGAAGUGGUCUUGGAAAGGGAGGCGGUCCAGGCCAGGGAGGCGGUAUAGGAAGCGGUCUUGGCCAGGGAGGUGGUAUGGGAAGCGGUCUUGGCCAGGGAAGCGGACUUGGACUGGGGAGUGGAAUCGGAAGCGGUCUUGGCCAGGGAGGUACUAUGGGAAGCAGACUUGGCCUGGGAAGCGGCCAGGGCCUGGGAAGUGGUCUUGGCCAGGGAAGUGUCAUGGGAAGCGGUCCUGGCCUUGGUAAGGGAAGGGUUAUUGGCCAGGGAAGCGGCCAGGGGAGCGGCAUGGGCCAGGGAAGCGGUAUGGGAAGUGGCAUGGUUAGUGUUGUGGGCCAGGGAAGCGGCAAGGACCAGAGAAGUGGCCAGGGCCAGGCAAGCAUUGUUGGCCAGGGAAAUGCUUCGGGACGCAGCCAGGGCCAAGGAAGCAAAAUGGGAAGCGGCCAGGGACAGGGAAGCGGUAUGGGAAGUGGCCAGGGCCAGGCAAGCAUUUUUGGCCAGGGAAAUAUUGUGGGAAGCAGUCUUGGCCAGGGAAGUGGUAUGGGAAGUGGUGUUGGCCAGGGAAGCAGUAUGGGAAGUGGCCAGGGAAGCGGACAGGGCCAGCCAAGCAUUGCUGGCCAGGGAAAUACUGUGGAAAGCAGUCUUGGCCAAGGAAGUAACCAGGUCCUGGCAAGGGUUGUUGGCCAGGGAAGCGGCCAGGGCCAGGGAAGCAGAGUGGCAAGCGGCCAGGUCCAGGGCCAGGGAAAUACUGUGGCAAGCGGCCAGGGCCAGGCAGGCAUUGCUGGCCAGGGAAAUACUGUGGCAAGCGGCCAGUUCCAGGCAAGCGUUAUUGGCCAGGGAAGCGGUGUGGGAAGCGGCCAGGGCCAGGGAAGCGGAGUGGAAAGCAGCCAGGGCCAGGGAAGUGGUAUGGGAAGCGGUGUUGGCCAGGGAAAUAUUGUGGGAAGCGGCCAGGCAGGCAUUGCCAGCCAGGGAAAUACUGUGGCAAGCGGCCAGGGCCAAGCAGGCAUUGCUGGCCAGGGAAGUACUGUGGCAAGCGGCCAGGGCCAGGCAGGCAUUGCUGGCCAGGGAAAUUAUAUAGAAAGCCGCCAGUUCCAGGCAAACAUUAUUGGCCAGGGAAGUGGACUGGGAAGCGGCCAAGGAAGUGGACUGGGAAGCGGCCAGGGCCAGGGAAGCAUUGCUGGCCAGGGAAAUACUAUUGCAAGCGGCCAGGCAAGCUUUGCUGGCCAGGGAAAUACUAUGGUGAGCGGCCAGGGCCAGGCAGGCAUUGUUGGCCAGGGAAAUACUAUGGGAAGUGGCCAGGGCCUGGGAAGCAUUGCUGGCCAGGGUAAUACUAUGGCAAGCGGCCAGGGCCUGGGAAGCAUUGCUGGCCAGGGACAUACUAUGGCAAGCGGCCAGGGGCUGGGAAGCAUUGCUGGCCAGGGAAAUGAUAUAGAAAGCGGCCAGUUCCAGGCAAGCUUUAUUGGCCAGGGAAGCGGCGUGGUAAGAGGAGUGGGAAGCGGCCAGGGCCAGGGAAGCGGAGUGGGGAGCGGCCAGGGCCAGGGCCAGGGCCAGGGAAGCAUUGCUGGCCAGGGAAAUACUAUGGCGAGCGGCCAGGCAGGCAUUGCUGGCCAGGGAAAUACUAUGGCAAUCGGCCAGGCAGGCAUUGCUGGCCAGGGAAAUACUAUGGCGAGCGGCCAGGGCCAGGCAGGCAUUGCUGGCCAGGGAAAUACUAUGGCAAUCGGCCAGCCAGGCAUUGCUGGCCAGGGAAAUACUAUGGCAAUCGGCCAGGCAGGCAUUGUUGGCCAGGAAAGUACUAUGGGAAGCGGCCAGGGCCAGGGAAGCAUUGCUGGCCAGGGAAAUACUAUGGCAAGCAGCCAGGGCCAGGCAGGCAUUGCUAGCCAGGGAAAUACUAUGGCAAGCGGCCAGGGCCAGGCAAGUGUUAUUGGCCAGGGAAAUAUUGUGGGAAGCGGCCAAGGCCAGGCAAGCAUUGCUGGCCAGGGAAGCGGUGUGGGAAGCGGCCAGGGCCAGGGAAGAAUUGCUGGCCAGGGAAGCGGAGUGGGAAGCGGCCAGGGCCAGGGAAGCGGAGUGGGAAGCGGCCAGGGUCAGGGAAGUGGAGUGGGAAGCGGCCAGGGCCAUGGAAAUGGAUUGGGAAGCGGCCAGGGCCUGGGAAGCAUUGCUGGUCAGGGAAAUUAUAUAGAAAGCAGCCAGUUCCAGGCAAGCAUUAUUGGCCAGGGAAGUGGUGUGGGAAGCGGCCACGGCCAGGCAAGCGGCCAGGGCCAGGGAAGCGGAGUGGCAAGCGGCCACGGCCAGGCAAGCGGCCAGGGCCAGGGAAGCGGAGUGGCAAGCGGCCAUGGCCAGGCAAGCGGCCAGGGCCAGGGCCAGGGAAGCGGAGUGGCAAGCGGCCAUGGCCAGGCAAGCGGCCAGGGCCAGGGAAGCGGAGUGGCAAGCGGCCACGGCCAGGGAAGCAUUGCUGGCCAGGGAAAUUAUAUAGAAAGCAGCCAGUUCCAGGCAAGCAUUAUUGGCCAGGGAAGUGGUGUGGGAAGCGGCCACGGCCAGGCAAGCGGCCAGGGCCAGGGAAGCGGAGUGGCAAGCGGCCAUGGCCAGGCAAGCGGCCAGGGCCAGGGCCAGGGAAGCGGAGUGGCAAGCGGCCAUGGCCAGGCAAGCGGCCAGGGCCAGGGAAGCGGAGUGGCAAGCGGCCACGGCCAGGGAAGCAUUGCUGGCCAGGGAAAUACUAUGGCGAGCGGCCAGGGCCAGGCAGCCAGGGCCAGGCAGGCAUUGCUGGCCAGGGAAAUACUAUGGCAAGCGGCCAGGGCCAGGUAG